AUGUACAGCGACUACUACGGACAGUUUGCAAGUCAGCUUCCGCGUCAAAUAGACGCGGAAGAUCCUUCAAAAAGCCUUAAUAUUGAUGCAAUACUGGUAUUUAAUGACCCGAGAGAUUGGGCUUUGGAUAUCCAAAUCAUCAUCGAUAUACUGCUCUCAUCCCAGGGUAUCAUUGGGACAUAUUCUUCUAAAAAUAAUAACCCAGACCUACCAAACCGGGGCUACCAGCAAGAUGGCCAGCCGCCAUUGUACUUCUCCAACCCGGAUCUUCUAUGGGCUGCGCAAUACCAUCAGCCAAGGCUGGGCCAAGGAGCAUUUAAAGCGUCCCUUGAAGUGUACAUGAUCGGUGACAACCCUGAGUCUGACAUCCAAGGAGCCAAUUCCUAUAAGAGUCCCGUUGGGACCAAGUGGAGUUCUAUUCUCCUGAAAAGUGGUGUAUACUCGGGUGGGACGCCAACCUGGCCGCCCAAGGUCAUUGUCGAAGGCGUAAAGCAGGCCGUUGAAUGGAGCCUAGCCCAGUCGCGGUGGCCUCUAUGCAAGACUCCAUUUAAAGUCAAUUUCGUUAUCACAAAACAAAAUUUUCGCUCACUAACCCCAGCAAAUUCCUACGCUCCCUGUUCGUUCAAAAGGCGACGGGUGACGUGCCGGAGAAAUCCCUUGGUUCUCAGCCCCCCGCUGGAGACCCCGCCUCCUCCAAGCAAAAGUGCGCUCAAGAAAGCUGCUAAAGAAAGGGAAAAGGCAGAGAAAGCAGCUAAGCGUGCCGCUCAGGAACAAGCAGCUGCACAAGCCAGUCAGGCUGCGGACUUCUCGAAACACCUCUACGGACCCAUCCCAGAUUCCGCAGACAAGGUCCAAGUGUUGAACCUCCUAGACCUGUCGGAGGAACUCUGCGAAAAGGAUGUCACAGUCGUUGCGCGUGUCGACAAUGCCCGGGUACAGAGUGCAAAGCUGGCAUUCCUGAUGUUGCGACAACAGGGUAAAAAGAUGCAGGCGGUGGUUAGUGCGAGCGACGAAAUCUCGAGACCCAUGGUGAAAUGGAUCGGAGGAAUAAACGUGAAUUCCAUCGUUAAAGUUACUGCCGUCGUUAAGAAAGCUGAAAUACCAGUAACGUCGGCCACAGUAAAACACUUGGAACUGCAUAUUCGGAAAGUCUACUUGGUUGCGCAAGCGUCACAUAUGCUUCCUAUGCAAGUCAAGGACGCGGAAAGACCCCCACCUGAAUCCGUCACGGAAGAGGUUGAAUCAGAAGCUCCAUAUGUCACGCUGAAAACUCGCUUGGAUAACCGUGUACUUGACCUCCAGACGGAAGCCAGUCAGGCAAUUACCUGGAUUUCCAGCGGUGUUGCCCAACUGUUUAUGGAAUACAUGUUGAAAAGUGGUUCACGAUGGAUCUCUACGCCGAAGCUCACUGCGAAUGCGUCUGAAGGCGGUGCUGGAGUGUUCGAAGUGACAUACUUUAAAAGGAAGGCGUAUUUGGCGCAAAGUCCUCAGUUAUAUAAGCAAAUGUGCAUUGCGGGAGAUAUGGAGAGCGUUUUCGAAAUUGGUCCAGUGUUUAGAGCUGAGGAAAGCAACACUCAUAGACAUUUAACAGAGUUUGUUGGACUCGAUUUUGAGAAAACAUUUCAGAGCCAUUACCACGAAGUUUUAGAAUUCGCCGAAGAUCUCCUAGUCUUUGUUUUGAGCGAGUUAAAGAUACGAUUCAAAAAGGAAAUCGAGGUCAUCCAGCGCUCGUACCCAAAAGCAGGUGAUUUUAGACUCCCUAAAGAUGGUAAGGCACUUAGGCUGAAGUACAUGGAGGGGGUGGCUCUGUUAAAGGAAGCCGGAGUGGAUGUCACUGAACAAGAAAGGUUUGAAAACGACCUGUCUACAGCAAUGGAAAAGCAGCUUGGCCGAAUUAUUCGGGAGAAGUAUGAUACAGACUUCUACGUCCUUGACAAGUUUCCCAUGGCCGUCAGACCGUUCUACACGAAGCCCUGUCCCGACGACCCCACCUUCUCCAAUUCGUAUGAUUUCUUCAUGAGAGGGGAGGAGAUUAUGUCGGGCGCACAACGAAUUAAUGAAGCGAAGGAGCUUGAAGCUGCAAUGUCGGCUAAGGGUCUUGAUCCGAACGCUGAAGGAUUUGAAGACUACAUCGGGGCGUUUAGACAGGGGUGUCCUCCACAUGCUGGUGGAGGACUCGGUCUGAAUCGUAUUGUUAUGUUUUUCCUGGGCCUUCCUAAUAUCCGAUUAGCGACGCUGUUUCCCCGUGACCCGCAACGCCUCCGCCCAUAA